AUGGUUGAUGACGUGAAAGAUAUUACGGAAAAAGCUGAAAGUAAAGAGGCCCUAGACCGAGCGAGAGUUGCGCGCGAGCGUCGCGAGGCGGAACAGAGGAAGCGGCUCGAUGAGCUGCGUGCGCACGCUGCGGCGGCGCAGGCGCAGCGCGAAAAGAGGGACGAGGAUCGCCGCAAGAGGCAGGCAGAACAACGCGCUAGAGACGACGACAGGCGGCACCAGGUAGAAGAGCGCAAACGCGCGAUAUGGGAGGCGUCUAUAUCGCGACGGGAAGCGCUUCUUCAGCGCGAACGCGACCGCACCGAGCGACUGGAGCGCGCGCGAGCGGCUCGUUCGGCGCCUCGGCCCGCGUUCGCCUUCGGUUCCUCGACGCCGAGGCUGCUGGAGCCCGUGGAUUCGGCAGGGUUCUUUUGGGCCGCGCGCAGUACCAACCCCAUAGAUCAGAUGAACUUUUUUGAGUCACUGGCCGCAUCAACGACAAAUGUGAUGUACGCGUCUGCGCCUCUCACACGACGGGCCUCAGCACUUCAGCUUGACUCGUCCGACACUGAUAACAAAGACGAAGCCGACCGUUCGCCCCAAAGCGUGAUGUGGUCCUCGGUGGCUCGCCGGCGCACCGACCUCGUACCGACGGUACCGGCCCCUCGCGCGCCAGGUAGGGCGUAUUCCAUGACGCGGCUGGACAAGCUGCCCCCGACCCGGCCCAUACACUCGGCGUCGCCCUCCAUGCACCAUCUCAACAGGACUCAGACACGGUCCGGUGAGACGACGCCAGGUUCUCGGCCAGGCAGCGCGAUGUCCAACGCCACGGGCGUGGUCCGACGCGCCACUUCCGCUCCGAGGAAGCCGAGACCGGCCUCAAUAGCUGGCACUGGCUGCAACACACCGCGAGGUGAAUCGGGUGGUCUGAGUGCGACGAGCACUCCGGCGGUGUCCCGCGACGGGUCGAUGGUGGCUAGGCCGGCCACCACCCCGCGGCGACCACGGCCGCUCUCUUUGCACGUCACUUCCAAACCUGCCGUCCCACUAGGUCCCGGAGAGGGAAAGCCGCCCGUUCACAGGAAGCCAAAGCCAGCCAAAGAUCAAGAAAAGAGUCGCGGUAAAUCUCUGUCGGCGUCGCCGGGUCGCACGUUGUCUCCUUCGCCCGCACACACCAAAGAGCCCAGUGUCGACAAAGAUAUGUCUAAAUCAAUGACAAUCGAGAGGCACGUGGACGCCGAAGAGGUGACUCAGAAAUUGGAGGCACUGAGAGUCGGAGACAACAAGCCGCAACAAGAACAUCUACAUACAAACGAAAAUAAAGAGAACAUAGAAGCCAAUAUAGAAACGAAUGUAGAAAAUAACGUUGUAGAAGAGAACAGAACAGAAGUCAAAACCGAAGUACACAAAGUAGAGCAAAGAGAAGGGCAGAAGGUUGAGCGAGAAGUGCAGAAGGUGGAGCCGAAGAAGGAGGCGUCCGUUGAAAAGACUGAGGAGAAUGAAAUGACUGCCUCUAUGAUAUCUCGUCGUAUAACGACAGAGGAGGAGGCAAAGGCCGCCCUAGCUGAGCGAAGGCGACGUGCCCGCGAGGAGCUAGAACGACAGGCCGAACUAGAGAGGCUUAGACUUCAGCGUGAAGCUGAAGAAGAAGCUGAACGGCAACGUCAAGAAGAGGAGCGGCAACGUCGUGAAGAGGAGGAGGCAAAGGAACUUGCUGCGCUGCAGAGGAGACUGCAAGAAGAAAAGCUACAGAAGGCUAUCGAGGCCCAACAACAGCUCGAGCGUGAAGAAGCCGAGAGGAAAGCUCGAGAAGAAUUAGAUAAGCAAGCGCGUCUCCGAGAGGAAGUAGAGAAGAGACUUGCAGCGGAGGAGGCAGACAGGAAUCGGCGCGAGGAGUUAGAUAGAGAAGAGAAGGAGCGUCUCGCGAGGAAACAGCGUGUAGAAGCUAUAAUGGCUAGGACUAGGCUCAAGAAGCAAGCGGAAGAAGACAAAAAGAAACAAGAGCACGAACAAAAACCCCCAGUCAAUCAAAACGCUGAAACACAAAACAACCAGCAACCAGCACAAGCAGAGACUAAACAACCAGAAGCGUUAACCCAAGAUACAACAGACUCUAAGCCAGUUGUAGAAGUUAAACCAGAGAACGCAACGGAAACAAAUGUUACGGAAAGCGUAACGGAAACGAAAGUCACAGAAAGUGUAAGCGUGGUGGAUUCCGAAACAAUACAAGUCGCAGAACCUGUUAUUUCGGAAUUGAUUAAUGUCGCACCUGUCCAGAAGAGUGUAAAUGUAGCAGAAUUAGCCCAGGAUAGCGUAAAGGCAGCUGAGGUGACGGAUAAUGGAAAUGUACAAACUGGGGAUUUACUGUCGCUAGGAACUAGUCAGCCGGAAGGUAAUGGAGUGAGUGAGUCUGCGCCCGCGCCGGUAUGGGAAAUGAAUUCCGUGAACAACGGCAACCUCACUGGCGAUUUGCUGGGCCUGUCUGAUAACAAGCAUAGUCAAGACACAACCGAGGAACAAAGCGUUAAGCAAAUAGACAACGCCAACAUGGAGACCAACAAUGGCAACGUGACUAACGUCGGGCACAUCUCGGCAAACUUCCUCCACACGGAGCGGAUGUCCGAACACAACCAGAAAGAUUUGCCGGACGAGUUCGCCACGCACAACGGGCACGGUAUCGCGCACCCGUUGACGUUGCAAAACGCGAUCUAA